AUGGAAGUCCCAUCUAUACCCCAUGUUUUCGACCAAUCGAAUCCCAAAGACUCAGUAGUUAAAUUAGUCACCUACUUGUUUCCAGAGUACAAGUCAAAAGACGGCUCCCAUGAUGAUAUUGAAGUCACGGUUGUGACCGAAGGGACCACGAAUGGAUUGUUCAAAGUCACCAACCACUCGCGUGGGAAUCAAUCAUUGGCGGAUAACGACACUGUUAAUACCGCUCUAGUGAAGAUCUAUGGGGAAGGCACCGAGACUUUGAUUGAUCGAGAAAAGGAAAUUAAUUUCCAUAGUAUACUUUCGGAUCAUAACCUCGCUCCCUCGUUGCUUGUUCGCUUCUCAAAUGGUCAUGCCUACCAAUUUCUUCCAGGAAAACCCUGCCCAGUAACAGGUAUUACGGAGGAGAAAAUAUGGCGUGGUGUAGCUAGAGAAUUAGCCCAGUGGCAUGCGAUCCUUCCAGCGGCCAAAUUCAACCUUGAGAGUGAUAGCGACGGUGUUAAAUCAGUUCUUGAUCAUAAACCAAAUAUUUGGUCGACGGCAAAAAGAUGGCUCGAAGCGAUUCCAGAAAGUACAGGACAGGAAAAAGCCCAGAAAGAGAUGUUGCGUAGCGACUUUGAGCAUCUGGUGCACAGGCUACGCCCAGGUGACGAAGCAAAAAAGCAUCAUUUUGUGCUCGGACACGGUGAUCUUCUUUCCGGUAAUAUAAUUAUACAAGAUUCUGUUAAGAACGCAACGGGUCAUGAUGUUGAAACUGUCAAGUUUAUCGACUAUGAACACUCUACUUAUUGCCCACAAGCAUUCGAUCUUGCCAAUCAUUUUUCUGAAUGGACAGGCUUUGAUUGUGACUACAAUCUGCUACCGACGGCAUCAACUCGGCGUGAAUUCAUUCGCGAAUACCUUCGCAGUUAUCAAAACGCCACAAAGCAGCCAAGCAUUGAAGGAGACCAGCUCGAAGUAUCUGAGGAAGAAGUUUCUCGACUGUUAUCUGAAGUUGAUAGUUAUCGAGGGUUCCCUGGCUUUUAUUGGGGCUUAUGUGCCGUUAUCCAAACUCAUGCAAGCACUGGAUCCAUAGACUUUGAUUAUGCUGGCUACGCAGAACUCCGGUUUGCUGAGUACCGGGCUUGGCGAGAGGAAGAGGAUGGAACGAGGGCUACAAAUGGGAAAGAUAUCCCGCUUCGAGAGGUGAAGUGGGCAACUGCAUAA